CCGACAGCAGCAGCAGCAGCGUCAGCAUGCAAACUUUGCACUACCACGAGAGUUUUUACCAGGACACUUGUCGUAACAUGUGAUGGAGAAGGAAUUCAACACGGGAGGAUGCUACGAUAAAGUACUCUCACAGGACUAGUUAGUGAGUUAAGUAUCAGCAGUAACAGUGGGGUCAGUCAGGUGUUUGGGAGGUCACGGAGGUAGUGGAGCUGGAUGUAUGAGAAGGAUUCAUGGGCCUGAAGGACCAUCUGGAGGAUGGGACAGGCCACAUCCUCAGCCCAGGGCUGGAUCUGGACUACCUACACGUGGAAGGUGCUGAACGGCAGGCUGGGAAUUUAGGAGCGGGUGUCACUGUUAAAAGCAGCAAUACUGUUGGUAGCAGAGGCAUUAGCUCUAUCAUUCAUUCAAGCAGCAGUAGCAGUUGCAGUAACUUUUCUGAAGAGAGUGCUAUCUCUGACAGUGAAGAUGAAAGGCUCCAGACUGGGCCUGGUUCUGACUCUAAAACACCGCACCACGAUCAGCUUCACCUACACCAAAGGGAGGAGUCCUCAGUCUUUCAGCCAGUCAGGCUGGACCUGGCACCAAAUACGUCUCCUGGAGACCCCCCGGAAAGAUUUUUGACUGACCCCAUCACACACUGCCGCACGAAGGUGGAGUUUGCUCUCAAACUAGGCUACCCCGAAGAGCUAGUGUUGCUGGUCCUGAGGAAACUAGGCCCUGACGCACUUAUCAAUGAUAUACUGGGAGAGCUGGUUAAACUGGGAACCAAAAUAGAGAUGGAUCAGCAAGGAGGUCAAGCUGUCUCACAGUCUCCAUCGUCCUCUUUGUCCUCCUCGGUGGCCUCCAACUCCUCUCUGGAUUCUUCUCGGCUACUGUGUCCAUCCCACCUGCUAGAAGACAAAGAAAACCUGCGACCUGUUGUUGUGGAUGGAAGCAAUGUAGCCAUGAGUCAUGGGAACAAGGAAGUUUUUUCCUGCCAAGGUAUUAAGCUAGCAGUUGAUUGGUUCUUGGAGCGAGGCCACCGUGACAUCACAGUUUUUGUCCCUGCUUGGAGAAAGGAGCAGUCGCGACCUGAUGCUCUUAUCACAGACCAAGAGAUCCUGCGGCGUCUGGAGAAAGAAAAGAUCUUGGUUUUCACUCCAUCGCGACGUGUUCAGGGACGUCGUGUGGUUUGCUACGAUGACAGAUUCAUCGUCAAACUGGCCUACGAGUCAGACGGUAUAAUUGUUUCAAACGACAACUACCGUGACUUAGCGAAUGAAAAGCCAGAGUGGAAGAAAUUUAUAGAUGAGCGCCUGCUGAUGUACUCGUUUGUAAAUGACAAAUUCAUGCCACCUGAUGACCCGCUGGGACGCCAUGGACCUAGUCUUGAGAAUUUCUUGAGAAAGAGGCCUGUUAUUCCUGAGCAUAGAAAGCAGCCAUGUCCUUAUGGAAAAAAGUGCACAUAUGGCCACAAGUGCAAGUUUUAUCACCCUGAAGAGGCCUGCUGUGGCACAUGCCCUGCCAUUUCAUCAGUAGCUUCAAGAGGCCUGCUGGAACAUGCCCUGAUGGUGAAGAGCCAAAAGAAUGGUCAAUCAGAAGGAAUGGCUGAAGCCCAGCUGAUUCGGGAUACCGGAAAAAAACAGCCAAAUCGGAGCCUUCAGAGCUCCUUCAGUGAGCUCUUGGAGGACAAACCUCAAGUCAGUUCCAAAGUGGAGGAACAGAGGAGAAACUGCAGCAGUAGUGGCAGCUGUAGCAAUAACAUUGUAGGACAUCCUGCUCCAGGGGGACCGCCUUCAUCGGGACAUCUGGAAAGAUGGGAACACCCUGACGGAAGUACUGGAGGCAGCUCCAGUAUUGCCGGGGCUUCAGGACCAAACAAAGUCGAAUCUUAUUACAGAUGCAGUUCUCCAGAGGUGGGCUACAACUCUCUGGUAAAGGCUUAUUCAGGACUCAGUCUUGUAGUGCCACAGACUCCUGAAUGCUUCUUUCCAGGUGAGCUCCGCACAAGUUCACUGGCUUCAGAUUGUAGCAGUGAAGGCAGUGUCAGCUCAGAUUCUUUCUCUCCUGACCCCGUGUUAGAUGAUAGCCCCAAAUGCCAUCACCAUCAUCCACACCACCAUCAUCAUCACUACUCUGGCCAGUACCCCCACCAGGCAAGCCGUGUGUCUCCUAGACUGAGCCAGCAUUCUCCUCGUGGCUAUGUCCAUCCUCAAGGACUUUGGAGACAACGUGAUUUUGGCAUAGAAGAUACUCCAGCAUCCGCCACCUCUCACGUUUCGCCACGUCACGUCAACACCGCUUCCGUCUACAUCCAACCCCAGCUACAGCUGCUCACCAAUUUUCCAGGGGACCCACCUCAUCCACAACAUCCACCCCAAACACCCACUGCUCACGCCCGGUCUCAGAGCUUCCCUCGCAGCCACAAUACGGUGGGCUCCCUUUGGCCGGAACACGGGCUUCAGGACAGAGUGUGUGAAGGUUCACCAGUUCAUUCUAGAAGAAACUACUCUGUGCUAACCCAACAACCUCAGCACCAGCAGAACUGGGACCCUAAUUAUGAGCCACCCCCUAAGCCUUACUAUGAUCUGUUUUCCUAUAAGAGUUUUCCACAAGUCCAUGGACACUCUCCUUGGGGCCAGCAAGUUCAUUCAUCACCACAUGGCCUUUUAAUACCAGGUCUUCCAUCGCUUUCGCAGCAGUCUCUUCCAUCUGUCCCUACCCACAAGAGCCACAUGCCCUCAGCAACCCAGCACGCAAAGCCAACUGCCUUGGGUCGAUACCAGGACCUUAGGGAGAGGGUGUUUGUUAACUUGUGCGGCAUCUUCCCUCCAGAUUUGGUGAGGAUGGUAAUGACCAGGAACCCACACGUGACGGAUGCUCAAGAGCUUGCAGCUGCCAUUUUAAUGGAGAAGUCACAGCACAGUUCUUGAAUAAAGACAGUAAAGUUUUCAUCUUAACUAAACUCGUAUUUGCGGGUAUAUCCUCUGUAAGCUUAAUAAAAAAGUCAGGUUGGGCAUACAGAAACCAAAAUCACAAGAUACGAGACUCCUUCAGCUGUUAACACACUGCCUUUUUGAACUCAUUUAUUUUAAUGCUAUUAUUGUACAGGGAAAUACCAAAAUUGAACGUAACAUAGGAAAAGGUAGGGGUGCAUUUGCAUGUUUCAUCUUUUUUUGGUUAUGAGUCAAAACAGCACUGUAUUUAGGGAAGCUUUUAAGGUGUUUCAAGGGUGGCAGUAUUGUUGAUUUUAAACUUAUUUAUUUGUUACAUUUAAGUUAUUUAUAUAAUUUUAACAUGAUUUUAGUUUUGUGGCACUUUUUGUUCAUUUUUCUUGCUUUCUUUAGAUCAUUUCUUUUGGCAAUCAUAUUAGGGUAUAAUUAUAGCCGUUUGCGCUGUUUCUCUGUUUCUUAUUUUUUUAGUCACUGAGAUGACAACAUCGGGUAUGUAGCUCUAACAUUUUCAGCAUUAAUGUGCCACGCACGUAUUUGCCACAUUGCAAAUACAGCCCGACCAUAGUUGACGCUCAAGUAAGCCCAACAAACGGCUUUCUUUCUGUGCUGACAGGUGGCAGAUCAGUUGUUGCGAGAUUUUGUGGAUUUCCCCCAACAAGGAAGUGAAACUCAACCAGCACCCACAAAAGAAGAUAGCAAAAACUCCACUUGAAAACCCCAAGCUGUUGUUCACUUUUGAAUGAGAGUUGUUUCCUCUGUUAGGAUAGCCCUGUCAGCUGACUUCACGGUUCAUCACGCGCUGUUCCUUUCCAUCGCUAAACAAUAUCAGUGUGCUAAAUCAGGUUCAAAGUGUGGCAACUGGAAAUGUUUAUGAGGAACAGAGAUUGUUGGUAUUGUUUUAAUUUAAAUUAUGUGUUAAUUUAUUAUCCUUAACGUGUGUGAAUGUGAGACAUGGGGUCUUCUUUAUCAGUGGUGGAGGGUUUAUCUGCCUCUAAUGCUUUUCAUACAGUUGUGUUAACUGCACAGAGAUCCAGUUUUUUUUUUUUUUUUAGUUUAUGGGAUAUUGAAAACAAACAGGCAAGCACCGGGUAAAAAUCAUAACCUUAAAAUCACUACAUCACCACUAAACUACAUGUUGGACCAUGGUAGUUUUUUUACUUUGCAGUUUUUUUUUUCUCAGGAGA